GCUCAGCAGUAUAUUUACAGUGCUCUGCCUUUCACUGGAGAUCAAACGCGGGAGUACUCACGAACCAAGCAAACAGACAUGGCAGAAAACGCCGACUUGGAUAACCACCGUAUCAAGAGCUUCAAAAACAAGGGACGUGAUGUCGAGACUAUGAGAAGACAUCGAAAUGACGUGACAGUGGAACUGAGAAAGAACAAACGAGACAAGCAUCUACUGAAGAAGAGGAACGUCCCACAUGAGGACAGUCUUGAGGACUCUGACAUAGACUCGGACUUCAAAGGGCAAAACGUCACACUAGAAGUUAUGUUACAGAAUGCCGCCAGUGAUAACGCUGUGGUCCAGCUCAGUGCCGUACAGGCUGCCAGAAAACUCCUCUCCAGUGACAGAAACCCUCCCAUUGAUGACUUGAUAAAGUCUGGCAUCCUGCCCAUCCUAGUCAAAUGUCUGGAGAGAGACGACAAUCCGUCUCUCCAGUUCGAGGCAGCCUGGGCCCUGACCAACAUAGCAUCUGGUACUUCACAACAGACCCAGGCUGUGGUCAAAUCCAAUGCUGUUCCCCUGUUCUUGCGACUGCUCCACUCUCUCCAUCAGAAUGUGUGUGAACAGGCUGUGUGGGCACUCGGCAACAUCAUAGGCGACGGGCCACAGUGCAGAGAUUACGUCAUCUCCCUGGGUGUGGUCAAGCCCCUGCUGUCCUUCAUUAACCCGUCCAUCCCCAUCUCCUUCCUCCGCAACGUCACCUGGGUCAUCGUAAACCUCUGUCGCAACAAGGAGCCACCACCGCCCAUGGAGACAGUACAGGAGAUUGUUCCAGCUCUGUGUGUUCUUCUAUACCACACAGAUAUAAAUAUCCUGGUGGACACGGUGUGGGCUCUGUCCUAUCUGACGGAUGGUGGGAACGAGCAGAUUCAGAUGGUGAUAGACUCUGGCGUAGUUCCCUUCCUCGUUCCUCUGCUCAGCCACCAGGAGGUCAAAGUUCAGACUGCUACGCUGAGGGCAGUAGGCAACAUUGUGACAGGGACAGACGAGCAGACACAGAUGGUUCUCAACUGUGACGUCCUCUCCCACUUCCCCAACCUGCUCACACACCCCAAAGAGAAGAUCAACAAGGAAGCAGUGUGGUUCCUGUCCAAUAUCACGGCUGGGAACCAGCAGCAGGUUCAGGCUGUGAUCGACGCAGGACUCAUCCCCUUGAUUAUCCACCAACUGGCCAAGGGGGACUUUGGGACUCAGAAGGAGGCAGCGUGGACCAUCAGCAACCUCACCAUCAGUGGCCGGAAAGACCAGGUGGAGUACUUGGUGCAGCAGAAUGUAGUCCCUCCUUUCUGCAGCCUGCUUUCAGUGAAGGACUCCCAGGUGGUCCAGGUACUCCUAGACGGCCUCAAGAACGUCCUCAUCAUGGCUGGGGACGAGGCCAGCACCAUCACUGAGAUCAUAGAGGAGUGUGGAGGUCUGGAGAAGAUUGAGAAUCUGCAGCAACAUGAGAAUGAGGACAUCUACAAACUAGCCUUCGAGAUUAUUGACCAGUACUUCUCAGGCGACGAUAUUGAUGAGGAUCCCAGUUUGAUUCCUGAAGCCACCCAAGGAGGGAACUUCAACUUUGACCCCGCCUCCAGCCUGCAGAAGGAGUUCAAGUUCUAGGAGCCAGCUUCACUAGUACUGUCUAACCAACCCCAGACAUUCAUCCAUCUAGCUCUCCUCCUAUCUGGCAACCUAAUACAGAAGGAUUGAACCCACCUACUACCAUCACUAUUACUCCAACAUGGCAACCCACCUUGCGAUUGAAGGAUUCACCCACCAACUCCACAAUACGCCACCUCUGCACUGAAAGGUUACUUAAAACUACCACCUGCCACCACAACCUGGCAACCCAAUACAAACGGGUCCAGGUAAUUAAUCCAGCACCAGUACCAUCUGGCCACCCGUGUGGGGAGGAUCUCAGGCAAUCUUAGCAAAUGCUUUGAAAUGUCACGUGAAAAUCACAAAGGAAGAAAAAGCCUUUUGAGGCAAUAUUUUUGAAUUGCCAAAUGUCACAACUACACACUCGCACAAAAACACACCGUUGAAGACACUUGGGAAUAGUUUCUUUGCAUAUUUGUUUUAGAAAACAAUAUCACGAUACUGCGGUAUCGGAAAGGAUACUGCAGUUUAUUUGCGGUUUAUUUUUGUGCUUCACCUCUGGAUUGUCCCCUGGUCGUGGACCUUCGCUCGCUCUCCCUCUCCCUUGAUGUCCGAGUGCCCCCAAUUAAAGAUGUUUACCUCGGAGCGAACCCAUGAACAGACAUGGACCCUGUCCUCGUCCCCAAAGUCCUAGGACAGGAAGAGGUGGGAUUUAGGCAGGGAGAGGUUUUUUUAGGCAGACUGAUGAGACAUUUUGACUCACUUUAUUUUAUUUUUUUGCUUUUGACUUUGAAUCAUGAGUUAUGGAUUUUUAUUUAUAAAAAAUACAUGUAAUUAAAAAAAUAUAUAAUGCUGCAAAACUG